CUUGUCUCAAAGUCAUGGAAGAUCAAGCUCAAGCUCAAACUCAAACUCAAACACCACCCCCCACCAGUCCAAGAACCCAAUGUCUUGAAAGAAAUCAUGAACCAGUUAGGUCAAGAUGGACCCCUAAGCCUGAACAGAUUCUUAUACUCGAAUCCAUCUUCAACAGCGGAAUGGUUAAUCCUCCAAAGGAUGAAACCGUCAAGAUCAGGAAGCUGCUCGAAAAAUUCGGGUCAGUUGGUGACGCCAAUGUUUUCUACUGGUUUCAGAACCGCCGUUCCAGAUCUCGCAGACGGCAGCGGCAGAUUCAGGCCAACCUUGUAAGCAGCGAACAACAACAAUCAUCAAUGGUUACAAGAUGCGUUAGUGGCGGUGGUGACGGUGGCAGCAGUAGUGGUGGUGGUGGUGGUGGUGAUGGUGCAAUUCAGUAUCAAGAUGCUGCAUACACCACGGCCACACCAGGGUUUGUUAUGCAACAACCACCUAGUUUCUUCCCCUUGCUACAAUCUUUGCCACCUCCACCAGGAUCCAACUCUUCUUCUUCUUCGACUUCUUCACGGUUGGGUGGUGCAGACGAGAUCUAUCCCGUUUCUAGUCAAGCUGCGAGUUUCCCAGAAAUUGAGCAAAACCCUAAUUCCAUGCCUUCAAGUUUCCAGCAUUUAGAUACUUCAAAAGUUCAUUAUGAAUUUGCUUCAGGAGUGAUCACCGUGUUCAUCAAUGGAGUUCCAACGGAGGUGGAGAGCGGCCCAUUUAACAUGAAAGCUUUAUUCGGCGAAGAUUUGAUGCUCGUUCAUUCAUCUGGCGUGCCGGUGCCUCUCAGUGAGAGUGGGGUUUGCGCGCUUGGGUUACAACACGGUGAAAGCUACUUCUUGGUCUCAAGGUCCAUUUAGAUGGGAAAUUGAGCUUCACUCGACCACCUUCCAACAGGGAUUUUGUGAUUUUUGAGCAAUAAAGUUGUGAGCCAGCUCCAUGCAUGGAUCUUCUUUCUUACAAAUCUGGCCUACAUCAAUGUUAUAUUUUUCUUUCUCU